AUGAUGGGUGGACAGUGCCUCUCACCCGAGUUGUAUCUGGGAACUACAGAUUCCACCCAAAGACAUGCAGUUAGUGGGGUUAGCUGGACUGGUAAUUCUAAAUUGCCCAUAGGUGUGAGUGUGGUAGAGUCUGUCAGUGUGAUACCCUGCGACAGCCUCUCACUCCAAUUUGAACAUGUAACUCUGCCUGCUAUUUAUACCUUUGUGUUCGUGAUUGGUCUGGGAGCUAAUGUAUGGGGACUGAAGUCUCUGCUUCAGAAAUGGAAAGGUCUUGGUUACAUUAACGUGUUUCUUCUGAACCUUGGAAUUGCCAAUUUUUUGUUCCUGCCAACACUUCCAUUUUUGUCGGCCUACUACUUUAUGAAGAGUAAAUGGAUAUUUGGAGAUGCCUUCUGCAAGAUCACAAGAUUUUGCUUCAACUUGAAUUUAUACGGCAGCAUUGGAUUCCUCACCUGUAUAAGUGUGUACAGGUACCUGGCUAUUGUCCAUCCACUGAAAGCGAAGGGAAGGAUGACUGUCCAUAAUUCUGUGGCUAUGUCAGUUUUGGUUUGGCUAUUGGUGAGUGCUCAAAGUCUUCCAGACAUGUUCUACCCCAAAAACUCAAAAAAUAGAACUGAAAAAUGUCACCAUACCACCUCUUAUGAGUAUGUUGAGAAUUACCUGAAAUACAGUGUUGGCUGGACAUUGACUGGGUUUGUUAUGCCUUUCCUUAUCUUUCUUGGCUGCUAUGGACAUGUGACUCUUGUUCUCUACCACAAAAAUACCAUUAAUAAGGUGGUGAAACAAAGAAGCUUAAAGCUGAUGUUCGUUUUGGUUUUGCUCUUCUCAGUUUGUUACAUCCCCUACCAUAUUUUUACGAACCUCAACCUUUAUUCAAGAGUUUUGAUAAAACACAGGAUGCGUCCAAAAUGGAAUGAGGGGGUCUUCUGUGCUCAUCAGAUAAGUCGUGGUCUUGUGUGUCUAAAUAGUGUUUUGAACCCCCUGGUUUACCUCCAUGUCAUGGAUAUUCCUGCUCAGCUCCAACAGCUGCUUCAGCGGUUUCGUCAGACAUUUACUCGUUUGUUUGUGUCAGAAUACGGCAGUGUUCCCGUGGAAUAA